AUGGAGAAGAAUUCAAGAGAAUCUCAUCAUCCCUUGCUUUGUGAGUGUGGCAAGGAGAACUCUGCCAGCUCAUUUGGCGAGCCUCCCGAUGGACCUAUUAUAGAACGCAAGUCCACACAUGUGUGUCAUGAGGCUAGGGUCCUUUCCAUAUUGAUGUUAAUUCUACUCUUCUAUAUUGCUAUCUUUUUGACCGUCAAUGUAUCAAGAAACAUUUGUCAUCAGGCAUCAGGGCAACUACUUGAAGAUUUCAGUGCACUGGGUAAUAGCUUGAAGUUUGAGGAGAGGCUCGAAUGGUAUCCACCAUCGUUCCCUUGGAACCUUGAGCCGUCUGAUGAGCUUGACGCAGCAUGGGACGAUCUAAUAUAUGCCAUCGAUGUGAGGGUCACUGGUGAUGAGAUGAACCUCCUCGGCAAGAAUACCACGAAUCGGGUCCAGGUGAACCGUGGGGACUAUUUAGGGUCCAUCGGAGUUUACCAUCAUCUACACUGCCUUAAUAACCUACGAAUGAUUAUACAUUGGGACUAUUACGAGUCCAGAUGGGCUAACUAUACCCAUCCCGAGGCAUUUGGCAAGGGGCAUUCAGAUCACUGUAUCAAUAUCUUGCGCCAGGCAAUUAUGUGUCAUCCUAAUACUGCGAUUACGACGUUCGAGUGGGUGGAUGAAGUAAACCAGUUAGAUGGAAAGGAACAAAGGUUGGAAGCUGCGUCAACGUGCGCCAUCUGGGGCAGUAUUGAUGGAUGGGCAAGACAAAGAGCACUCAUACCAGGAGAGUUUACUUACAGGCCAGAACCUUUCGCAGCUUCAAGGCCGCAACUUAGGAACACCAACUGA